AUGUCUGCCAACAACACGUUCCAACAUGUCGUUCCCCUGCAGGCCGACGAGGAUUUCCAACUGAUCCUCGACCAGCACAUACAAGAAUUUAUGUGGCAGAGGUAUUCGGAAGCUCCACCCGCAGGCAGCUAUGAAUGGCCACUGACAUACGGAACUGAUGGGACAGUUGCCUAUGGCAGCCAAGAGCUGUAUCCAGCAGCCGAUGGAUUCUUUGCAUGGACUGGCCUAGCUGAGAAUACUAGGCUUGAGGCCGAUACUUCUUCAUUUGCUCCCUUCAUCUUUGAUCCGUCCAAUGGACAGGGUACAAGCAGUUCAGCAACUUCACAAGACCGCUCCAUGCCUAUGACGGACGAACCAUCUGAUCUAGGUGGUCAAAGUUGGGAGGUCUGCUCUUCACCUCCAACAGAGUACAAUGAAUCGUGUUGUGAGUCGGAGGACCCGAUGACGCCGUUUUCCGAUGGCUUGUCCGCAGCCACUCCCGCAGAGGUCCCAGAGGUCCCGGAGGCAGAAGGAAUGGUCGGCCAGCUUGAAGGCGUUGAGGUGACUCCUGAGACACAGCGAGGUACAGAUGAACGUAACCUCAACAACGCGAAUGACAAGCCGUAUGGGUGCCCACACCACGGUUGCACGUGGCGGUUCAAACGGAGGCAUGACUGGAAAAGACUUGAGGCUACUGGCAAGAGUCUAGUGUUGCAGGAAUCCAUAUUUGAGGCUCCGCUUGAAACUUAUGUAAUACGAGAUCGACCUCUCCCACACUCUCGGCUCAGCUCAGACAAACUCCUGCUUACUCCUAAGAAACCCUUCUCCGGAGCUCCAUUUGGGAAUUCGGGGAAAUAUCGCGAAUUCAAAGAAUCAGUCUAUGCCAACGCCCUCGUUCGAAUUCAGUAA